CAAACAAAGAAUAUUUUCACAGAUGAAGGAGACCAGCUUUUUAAGAUGGGCAUCAGGAUCCUCCAGCAGUCUAAAAGCCGAAAACAAAAAGCAGAAGCCUACAAACUCUUUGCUAAAGCAUCUGACAUGGGAAACUUGAAAGCUAUGGAGAAAAUGGCUGAUGCUUUGCUAUUUGGAAAUUUUGGCAUGCAAAACGUAACAGCAGCUAUCCAAUUAUACGAGUCCUUGGCUAAAGAAGGAUCAUAUAAAGCCCAAAACGCAUUAGGAUUUUUGUCUUCUUGUGGAAUAGGAAUGGAAUACAAUCAAACUAAGGCACUGAUAUAUUAUACCCUUGGAAGCGCUGGAGGAAGCAUGAUAUCCCAGAUGAUUUUGGGGUACAGAUAUUUGUCAGGAAUCAGUGUUCUACAGAAUUGCGAAGUUGCCCUAAGUCAUUACAAGAAAGUGGCAGAUUACAUUGCUGACAAAUUGGAAAAAAGUGAAGGUGUUCCAGUGGAAAAAGUGAGACUAACGGAAAGUCCUGAAAAUCUGAGUUCUAACAGUGAGAUUUUGGACUGGGACAUAUACCAAUACUAUAAAUUUUUGGCCGAAAGAGGAGAUGUUCAGAUACAAGUAUCUCUUGGACAGUUACAUCUAACUGGGAGGAAAGGUCUAGAUCAGGAUUACUAUAAAGCAUUAUACUACUUCUUAAAGGCAGCAAAAGCUGGGAGUGCAAAUGCCAUGGCAUUUAUAGGAAAGAUGUAUUUAGAAGGGAAUGUUGCAGCACCACAAAAUAAUGCUACCGCUUUCAAAUACUUUUCUAUGGCAGCUAAUAAGAGCAAUGCCAUUGGUCUUCAUGGGCUCGGUCUUCUUUACUUUUAUGGGAAAGGAGUUCCUGUGAAUUAUGCAGAAGCACUUAAAUACUUUCAGAAAGCUGCAGAGAAGGGAUGGCCAAACGCACAGUUUCAGUUAGGCUUCAUGUACUACUCUGGCUCUGGAGUAUGGAAGGAUUAUAAACUUGCCUUCAAAUAUUUUUACUUGGCAUGUCAGAGUGGGCAGCCCCUCGCCAUUUAUUACCUGGCCAAGAUGUACGCCACAGGAACAGGAGUGUUAAGAUCAUGCAGAACUGCUGUGGAGCUUUAUAAAGGUGUCUGUGAACUAGGCCACUGGGCUGAGAAAUUCCUGACAGCAUACUUUGCCUAUAAGAAUGGUGAUAUAGAUUCUUCUCUUGUUCAAUAUGCACUACUUGCAGAAAUGGGCUAUGAAGUAGCUCAAAGCAAUUCAGCAUUCAUUUUGGAAUCUAAAAAAGCUAAAAUCCUUGAAAAAGAGAAGAUGUAUCCAAUGGCACUUCUCCUAUGGAAUCGAGCUGCCACUCAAGGCAAUGCAUUCGCUAGAGUGAAAAUUGGAGAUUACCAUUACUAUGGCUACGGGACUAAGAAAGACUAUCAAACAGCAGCCACGCAUUACAGCAUCGCAGCCAACAAAUAUCACAGCGCACAAGCCAUGUUCAACCUGGCUUAUAUGUAUGAACAUGGUUUAGGUAUGGCAAAGGACGUUCGCUUGGCCAGGAGAUUAUAUGAUAUGGCUGCUGAAACAAGUCCGGACGCUCACAUACCUGUGUUCUUUGCCCUCAUGAAACUGGAAACUGUGCAUUUGUUUCGAGAUAUCCUGUUUUUUAAUCAGUUUACCAUGAGAUGGAAAUGGAUGAAAUUGGACAAUACCCUUGGACCAUACUGGGAUUUAUUUGUGAUUGGCCUAAUUGUUGCCGUGCUGAUCUUCUUGCUUAGAAAUCGCUACCUGUAG